CAUCCUUAGCGGCGGGCAAAGGAAAAUGUAAACGGCCAUGUCGUGGUAGAAAAUCAGUUCUGAAACGAGCGAGACUUUACUCACGGCGCAACGUACCAAUCCAUGUAAUGUAGUCUUUAAACUACGGCUUUGAAAGUAACACAUCUGACCUCUCGUUUGACAGAAACAGAUCCCGUGGAAAUAACUGCGUUAUUAAAAUCAGAGGACAAACAUGAGUGGAGGAGGGACGCCGUACAUUGGCAGCAAAAUUAGCCUAAUCUCCAAGGCCGAGAUUCGUUAUGAAGGAAUUUUGUAUACCAUUGAUACUGAAAACUCGACAGUAGCUCUUGCUAAAGUUCGCUCCUUCGGCACUGAAGACCGGCCUACUGAAAGGCCUGUUCCACCUCGAGAGGAAGUGUUUGAGUACAUCAUCUUCAGAGGAAGUGAUAUUAAAGACCUUACUGUUUGUGAGCCACCCAAAGCCACUAGCUCCCUGCCUCAGGACCCUGCUAUUGUUCAAUCGUCACUCGGAUCCUCCAAUGCUGCAGCAGGACCAUCGUUCCAGUCGGCUGGCUCCUAUGCUCCACUCAGCAAGGCCCCUGUCCCACCAUACAGCCAGUUUGGUGUUGCACCCCUUGCAGCUCAGCAGUUUGGAUCUGCUGGAGCAGGAGGGCGCACCAGCCCCCAGCUGGACUCUUUAACCAAACGUCCAACCCUGGAGCAGGCAGUGAAGGCCCCACCAUCGGCUGCCCCAGCACCGCCUGUACCUGUAGGACAGAGGAGUCAGACGGGGGCGGCAGCUCCCAGACCCACCAGCAGCAGCGCUGGCAGCCAGAAGCCCCCAGACCUCCUGGAGCAGAGAAAGGGUGAAGAUACAUGGCCUUCUCAUGCUCCUGAGGUCCAGAAGGUGUCCCAGCCAGAUCAUGAAAAAGCUGCUCUUGAAAACCGAGACCCCAACAAGCGUCAUGCUGCUGGGGCUCAGAUCCCCCGCCGUGGCCGUGGACGAGGAAACCGCAGCAGAGGUACAGUGAACGUACGUAGGGAUGGCGCCAUGAAGUUUGAGGAGGACUUUGACUUUGAGACUGCCAACGCCCAGUUCAACAAAGAUGAGAUCGAUAAAGAGCUCCAGAACAAGCUCAAACUGAAAGAUGACAAGACUGAAAAGGCGCUGAAUGGAGAAGAAGCUGCCGAGUCAGAACAUGCAGCCAAUGAGGGGGCCAACGAGGAGGAGGAGGCUGUGAUAAACACCUACUAUGACAAGUCCAAGUCCUUCUUUGAUAACCUGUCCGCUGAUGACUUAAGUAAAGGGGGAGAAAGAGGAUUUUCAAGGGAGCGAAGGACAACCUGGGCGGAAGAGAGACGAAUGAAUGCUGAGACAUUCGGCAUUCCUCUGAGGCACAACCGAGGAAGAGGAGGCUUCCGUGGCCGAGGCUUCAUGGGGCCCCGCGGAGGCCGAGGGCGACCACUGAGCAGAGGUUCCUUCGGGCCACCCCGGGGUCCCCCGCCUGGCUUCAGAGGCGGAUUCAGAGGUGGCAGAGGAGGCCGGGAGUUCUCCGAUUUUGAAUACAGGAAGGACAACAAGGUGGCUGCAUAGUACUGCAGCGAUGGAUCCUCAAAUAAUUUUAGCCCCUCAUCAUGAAAUUAUUCCUGUUGAAGAAAUCUUUGGUCUCAAUAUUUGACAAAAAGAAUGAAGACAUCCUCUCAGUCACCAGCACCAGGGCCGACUGCUUUACAUCAGGGGGUGAGAGUGCAGCUCCCUUUUCUCCACCUCGAGAAUUAGGCUAUUUUCUUUUCUUUUUUUUUGCCCCAGGCAUUUAUUUUGUUUGACAAGCAGUCAUCAGAUGGACUAGAACAUGUGUAAAUACCUUGCUUUGGAGUAAGUCUGUAUUUUUGCAUCAGUCAAGUUUAUUUCUUACUGAAAUUGUCUUUGAUAUUGAAAGCUGUAUGCAGAAAACGCCCACUGAUACUGUGAGUGGAUCGCAGUCCAUGUGAUCAAUAGCUUUAUUUUUUGUUUUAUUUCAGUUUUUGAUCUGAUGACGUGUGUCGGCACCAAAAGUCCCGGCUUUGCCUGUUGCGCCGUAGUUUCCUCUGCUCAGACUUGCUUAGCUUGGUUGCCAUGUGUUCAGUAUUUUUUACCCAGUUUGCAGGAAAACUUUUUUUAUUGGACAUCCAUUUAUUCUCAAUGAAGUAGUGAGAUCAAAGCCAGCUGAAAGAAACAAAAAUCUGAACUGAAUAUUGUAAUGAAUGUAUAUCUAUCUCAUCUUCAACUUGGUGCCCCUUCCAGCAAAUUGUGGCUCACCAGACAGACUCACUUGUAGUAUUUAGAAAUGUGCAUUCCGUAUUUAGAAUUGCGUAGAUCAUAGUUUGACCCCUUAAUCCUCCCACAUCAGAUGAAUUAUACGUUUCUGCUUUAGGUUUGUGGCUGGAACGGUGUGCUUGUUAAUGGCGGCAGCCUAAAAUCCCAAUCAGACUGAGCGCAUUUGCAGGUUGCAAAACGCGAGGCGCACCGCACUGCCUUUUCUGUUGGAAGACGCCCCGAUCACACAACGUGAUGCUAGUCGCGUCUUUGUGUUAAUCUUGCUAGAAAAACAGCGAAUCGCCUGUCAUCAGCCGACCAUUAUUUUUACUUUGAAGUGAAAUGACGUCGGGCACUUUUUUUGCUCUGAAUUGAAGUUUUUCUUCAACUUGAGGCGUUCAGGGCACUCAAAAAUGCCAGGUGCAAAAAGCUGCCCUAAGGUGCUAAAACGCGCUCUGUCUGAUCAGGGGCUAAUGCAGGCGCUCAAUACAAACUAGCCAUUUGAUUGAUUAAUGGGGUUUACGGCAUUAGCUUUAGAAACAUUAUGUUGACAGUAGAUUGUUUUUGAUCGGGUCUGUUUUUAUAUAGUUGACUUUUGAUCGGGUCUGUUUUUAUAUAGUUGACUAAACAAGGAGCAUUCCCAUGAUUUGUGUCUGUGAAAGAGGAACAUCAUUCAUUACUAUUGCCAUUACUAAGUUCAUAAGAAAGGAAAGCCUUGAGUGUAUUCAGUUAACACCUGCAGUCAGAAUGGCCUUGAACAAGCUAGAUUUGGAUUUUUUUUUUUAAGCUCUGCUAUUUUGCCAAAAAGAAAAGUGAGCAUUUGGUUGAGAAAAAAAAAUAAUUGUCAGCCUCUUAAGUACAUGGUUUCUCAUUUUAGUACCUCAAAUCUACCAUUCUGUGUCCAAAACAUACUGAGCCAUCCGUUAAUGCAUGUUCUUUUGUUAUGAGCAUCCUUUGACUCGUGUUACAGUUGGGUCAUCAGCAUUGUUUUUUCCACUGUUAGCUGCAAAAGUGUGCUUGCAGUGCUGUAAGGAUUGUUUACUGAAAAUGGGAAAUCUUGUUUAUGAUUGAAUGAUGAUACAGUCUCAAAACAUAUGUUCAAAAUGUCUGAUAUAUAUCAGCCCUCUGGCUUGUUUGUAGCGUUUUUUGUUGCAUUGUUGUCAAUGGUAUUGUUCUCUGGGUUGAAUUAUUAUUUUUUUUUUACCAACUUGUGAACAAAGGGACAUGACCUGGAUGUGGUGCCAGUUUGUUUAGGGGGAGGAUAUUUUUGUCUUUUUGGCUCUGAUUUGUUCGUACUUUAGGGAGUGCCUUCAGAGUGGUGAAUUUUUAUAGCUCUCCCUUUAACUUAAACUUAAAAGUCGACAAAAAUAUUGAUAGCACUACAAGUCUAGAUCCUUCUCAGUAGCUGUGGUUGUUUAGAACAAAGCAACCCAGUUGAAAAUGUGCUCUUUAACUGGAUAUCGCACGGGUUGCUGAUCACUGCAUGAUAGCCGUAGGAACCAUCACUUGAGGUGGGCUUUUCGCAAUAACCAGCCAGAUGGAAUUUGAGACAAAAAGUAUUACAAACUGACAUGUUUUCAUAUGUUUGUUACUCUUUCCAGUCACUGGAAUUGUAAACCAGGAAUUGUUUUCAUGAGAAUAUCAGCAAAAUUAAGUUUUUAUGUAAAAUAAAGAGUUGUACAAUA